UUUAGAUUCGAUAGCAUGUUUUCAAUAUACAGACACACAUAUAUAUAUUAUAUAUAAUAAAAACAUGUGCUUGGUUUGUAUUAUCCUUGCACUUUGAUCAGUGGGGGGUGGUCUAGUGCACUGUAAAUGUCACUUUCUGAAAUCUUCUUACAUGUCAAUACAGUACGUUAUAGUCCAGUGGGCUUAAAAUUGCAUUAUGUAGAUCUAGAAAAUGUAAUUGCCGAUAAAUGAGAGGACUCGAGUCAAACGUAGGGUACAAGCCGCUUGUUUGCUUUGACUCACAGCUGGUCUUUGCCAUGUAACUUUUGGCCUGUGUCACUGAGUGGUCAAAACCCCCACCCAGAGGAAAACUGACACAAAACUGUACAGGCGAGGGCAAAAGAGCACGUAUGUCCAUGGUGCUGGUGUCAUAAUAUGCAAUGGAAAAAAAGUCUCGAAAUAAAAUGUACACAAAAGAUGACUGCGAUCAAGACGUGAAAUUAACAACAUAUUUCUACAACACUUUCCUUUGAGCACACAAAAAGAGAAGUGAAUAAAGUAUGUGAAUCCGUUGACGUUAGAUGCAUUUUGACAUAAAUUAGUCAAAAAGUUGUUGUUUCUUUAUUGCACACCCAAUACAAACAUUGAGUGCAGUUUGGAGAAAAUAUGUGAACCCCUUUGCUAAUGAUUUCCCCCAGACCAAAUUAGUCAAGUAUCCAUGCCAUGGAGGUUUUGGUUAAAGGCAAAUCUGCCCUAAACUUUAAAAGCACACACCAGUUUUAGGUUUACUAUUCUUAAGAAUCAUUGCCUGAUCUGAACCAUGCUUUGAAUAAAUUAACUUUCAGGAGACCUACAGUAAAGAAUUGUUGGUUAGAUGAAGGGUAACUAAACCUUGGUGUUUAUCAGUCCAUGUCGUGAGCAAACAGAUUUAUCUUCAAAAGGAGAAAAUCUACCAAUGUUGCUACUGUCACUUUGAGUGAAGUAAAGGUGAGCAAAAGGCAGCAACAAUAUUCUACAACAUUUUAUGUAGCAAAAAAAAUAACAUUUUGACUGAGCCCUUGAGGACAAAGUAAACAACAGCAGUGUACAUGGAUAGAUAUAUACAGAAACAAAUUUGAACAAAAACACAGCUCGCUAAGUAGCAAAAAACAAACAAAAAAAAAAGUUUACCCUGUAAUGAAAUUACUAUACAGACAGAUAUAAAUACAAAGAUACAGAACUGAACAGGCAGCAGGAAGAGCCGACAGCAUUGCAAGUAGGAAAAAUAAACUACAAAUUUAUCAGCACAUUUUCCAUGUAUAACAAGUCGAGGAUGACAAACAUCACCGGAAGUAACUGCCGGCAGUUGAGUGGAAAAAAAUACAGUGAACAGCAGAAAAUAAAUAGCAGUAUUGUAUGUAAUGUCGUAAUAAAACACUAGAGAUUAAUCAACAUAUUUUCUAUUUACUGUAUAAGCAGUUGAGGAUGAAAAAAAAAAACAGCGGUAUGAUCUAUCAGCAGUACUGUAUAGAGAAGUAUAUGUUAACUAAAGGCAACAAGAAUUGUCAGCAAGAUUACAUGUAGCAUAUAUAUACAUUUAUCCAUAUACGAGCCGCUGAGAAAAAAAUAACGGCAAUUCUAUUAUAAGUGUCAUGACAAUUGUGGUGGUUUGUACCAAAAUAAGCACAAGUUAAAAGUGCUUUGUGGCUCUACUCUCAGCAGUCCAAACUCAAAACACACUGUAAGAACAAGACGGGGACGACGUGUGCAAUGGAAAGGUCACAUCUAUUGAACGUGAUGCAAUGUCCAGUAUUUGCUCUGGUUGCGUUUGUGCAGGCUGACAUAAUGUGGUUGUGUUGACAAACCAGGGUCAAUAGUUAUCGGAGUGUUCCCAGUCAAAGUAGAAUGUCCCAACACAUUCGUUACUCCCUGCCUUUUUCCGAGGGUAUACACACAUACACGAGACUUAUCGUUUCCCAGUUAGGGUCAGGGGAUGUUUUUGUGAGCGAGUGAAUGCUACUCCUCUCUUGCCCAGCCAAUCACCAGAGAGGUGACAGGUCAUCAUUAUAUCAGCUCUUGAUUGGGAGAGAAAAAUUCAGUUGAGACAGUGGCAGAAGCAACAGCAAUAUUUGGAAAAGUUGAAUUUGAUUUUCUUGUACUCAUGGCACCAAUUCUUCUGAACUGCAUGGGGAACGAUCACAGUGAAUACAUCAAACAACAGGUUCAAGUGCAAAAUCCCUACUUGGACACCAUGGAAGAGGAUAUUCUCUACCACUUCAGCUUGAGUACCAAGUCUCACAACCUACCAGAAAUGUUUGGUGACAUUAAGUUUGUGUGCGUUGGCGGCAGUGCAAAUCGCAUGAAGGCCUUCGCCCAGUUCAUCCACCAGGAGCUGCAACUGUCUGGAAACCCAGCAGAAGUCCAGGAUAUUUGCGAGGGAACCGACCGCUACUGCAUGUAUAAAGUUGGACCAGUGCUCUCUAUAAGUCACGGCAUGGGUGUGCCGUCCAUCUCCAUAAUGCUGCAUGAGCUCAUUAAGCUGCUCCACCAUGCCCACUGCAGGGACGUGAUCCUGUUUCGUCUGGGAACAUCCGGUGGAGUCGGUUUGGCUCCAGGCACGGUGGUGGUGACGGAAAAGGCUGUGGACUACUCCUUCCGGCCCCAGUUUGAGCAGGUGGUUCUGGGUAAAGUGAUCACCCGCAGCACAGAACUGGACGAAGGUGUGGCGAGGGAGCUUCUGCAGUGCUCCAAAGAGCUACAAAACCUCCCCACUGUGAUUGGAAACACCAUGUGCACCCACGAUUUUUACGAAGGUCAAGGACGACUCGAUGGGGCUCUGUGCUCAUUCUCCCAUGAAGAAAAACUGGAGUAUCUGAGGAAAGCGUACGAGGCUGGAGUGAGGAACAUCGAAAUGGAGUCUACUGUGUUUGCAGCUAUGUGUCGCGUGUGUGAUCUCAAAGCGGCCGUCAUCUGUGUCACACUGCUGAACCGCUUCGAGGGUGACCAGAUUACGUCCCCUCAUGAUGUUCUGGUGGAGUACCAGAAGAGACCACAAGCCCUGGUGGCCCACUUCAUCAAGAAACGCCUGGGACAGAUUGUCUGAAAAGCUCUACACCUUCAAAUCAAUCUAUAUAAAUAUGACACGUGUGUGUAUAUACUGUACCUAAUGUUCAUUUGUGGUUUUGAGACACUUUGCACUGAUUAAGUUAAAUAUGAUGUAAAAGGCAUUUAAAUUUGUGUUGUGUCAUUGAAUGUGUCACACUUUGGUGCUUCUGUUAUGGAUAUUACAAAAUGUGUAUCUUUGUUGGAUUAGAAUAACUGCAAGUUUGAUUAUUUUGUUGUACAUAGUAAACAUAUUUUGAAUCAUUAAAAAUUUGUGGGACGGUCAACGAGUAGUUAGCACAUCAGCCUGACAGUUCGAAGGUUGGAGGUUCAAAUCUGGGUUCUGGCCUUUCUGUGUGGAGUUUGCAUGCUACCUCACAUUUGCGUGGAUUUUCUGAAUGUACUCAACCUUCCUUUCACAUUCCAAAAACAUACUACAUAUAUAUCACCAAAAAGCCAGUUUGUUUACCCUUUUAAAUGUUAAGCAACAAGUAUUUUUGGGAUAUGCAGUAUUUGAGUUUUGAGCUUCUGGUACACCCCCCAGCUGUGGGCUGGAAGCAUCUCCAUCAACAGUAAAACGAGGGAUGUCAUCAAAAUGCAUUGAGACACUGAGAUGAAAUUUUGCAAAGAGUGGCAAUCCAUAUUGUGGUUACCAUAUUUAGCUACAUGAGCGAGGUCAAAUAUUAGAAACAAGGUGCCGUUUGUAGUUCUUACACUACUUUCAUCACAAUACUAAAUAUACUGUUAAAUUAAUACAUUUUCGGCAGGUUUCAAGAAAAUAGAACACAUCUAUUAAUUAGGAUUUGCUCCAGACAGCCUUCUCUUAGAUCUCAGACUCAAAUGGUGAAGGAAAGAAAUUGACCACCUAGUCUUGGUACAGGUGAGUUUAAAAUGAUUCACAAUUUCAGUUAGUGUAUUUUUUUGUAGGGAGUGGUUAUAUUUUACUUGGAAAAGACAGAAAAGUGAUGUGAAGAACUGUAAAUGUGUAAUUAUAUUAUCACACCGCUGUUACA